GUCCUGCCGCUGUAAAACAGUUGUAAUAAUAAUGGAGCAACAACAGCGUCGUUUUCUUCCUUGUCCGUCCUUCAUAAUUUAAUCGUUACAUCGUUCCGAAGCGGGCAAAGCACGUCCCGUUGUUAUACUAGUCUAGGCUACGGACCGACUGAUUGUUGUGAUACGGACGGUUUUGUGUACGCAGGAGAUGAUAUAAAGCACCUCGAAGACGACUAGAACGAGAACGGGUAACUGGAGCCGCGCGAAGAGGAAGCAUGAAGUUUGCGGUUGCAGUGUUUUGGCUGUUGUGGUUCUCGUUCGGCGAUGCCACUAUUGAAGCUCCAGAGGAGUUUGUGUCUCUGGCUGAGAUGGAGGAUGCCUUGUUGAGGAACCUGUUUAGAGGGUAUCAGAAAUGGGUCCGACCCGUUCUGCACGCUAACGACACCAUCACAGUACGCUUCGGACUCAAGAUCUCACAGCUGGUGGACGUGGAUGAGAAGAAUCAGCUGAUGACUACUAAUGUCUGGCUAUGGCAGGAGUGGGUGGAUGUGAAGCUCCAGUGGAACCCUGAUGAGUAUGGAGGAAUCACCUCUAUCAGAGUUCCAUCUGAAACAAUAUGGCUGCCAGACAUCGUUCUCUAUGAGAAUGCUGACGGGCGUUUCGAGGGCUCUCUGAUGACCAAAGCCAUCGUGAGGUCAGAUGGGACAAUCAGGUGGACCCCUCCGGCCAGCUACAAGUCUUCAUGCACCAUGGACGUCACCUUCUUUCCCUUCGACAGACAGAACUGCUCCAUGAAGUUUGGCUCGUGGACCUACGACGGCAACAUGGUUGACCUGGUCCUUGUCGACCACUACGUCGACCGCAAGGACUUCUUCGACAACGGUGAAUGGGAGAUCCUCAACGCCACCGGCGCCAAGGGCAGCCGACGGGACGGUAUCUACUGGUACCCCUUCGUUACCUACUCCUUCAUCCUCAAGAGGCUUCCUUUGUUCUACACACUCUUCCUCAUCAUCCCCUGUCUCGGUCUGUCCUUCCUGACCGUGUUGGUGUUCUACCUCCCGUCUGACGAAGGAGAGAAGCUGUCUCUGUCCACGUCGGUCCUGGUGUCACUCACCGUGUUCCUCCUCGUCAUAGAAGAGAUUAUACCGUCCUCCUCCAAGGUGAUCCCUCUGAUUGGAGAGUACCUCCUCUUCAUCAUGAUCUUCGUCACCUUCUCCAUCAUCGUCACGGUGUUUGUCAUCAACGUCCACCACCGCUCCUCAGCCACCUACCACCCCAUGGCCCCCUGGGUAAAAAACCUCUUCCUCCAGAGGCUACCCAGAAUGCUUUGCAUGAGGGGACACACUGACAGGUACCACUACCCAGACAUUGAGCUGCGUAGCCCAGAGCUGAAGCCCCGCGGAGGCCCAGGGAGGAGGGGGGCGUCGGGCCAGGGCCAAGCCCAGCAGAGAGGCCCUGUCGGGGGGAAGGAGGAUGAGAACCAUGCCUGGUUGGCCAUGCUGGAGAAAGCCACCAACUCAGUACGGUAUAUCAGUCGUCACAUCAAGAAGGAACACUUUAUCAGAGAGGUGGUGCAGGACUGGAAGUUUGUAGCUCAGGUGUUGGACAGGAUCUUAUUGUGGGUGUUCCUCACUGUCUCCAUACUGGGUACCAUCCUCAUCUUCACUCCAGCCAUCACUUUGUACCUGACCACUCCCCCCUUCAACACAUAGACCCUAUCAGUAGACCCUAACCCCUACACCCUACCACCUACACCCUACACCACAUAAACAGUAGACCCUAACCCCUACACCCUACCACCUACACCCUACAACACAUAAACAGUAGACCCUACCCCCUACACCCUAACCCCUACACCCUACAACAGGUAAUCAGUAGACCCUAACCCCUACACCCUACCAC